GAAAAUCCACACCCAAAAUCCUAUAAUUGAACACACCUAAAACAUGAAAUCCUCCUAAAUCUUAUAUCGCAAACUCCUAAACUCCCUACAAGCAAUACCUUAAAGAUAGGGUCAAUAAACCCUAUGCAUGACCUUUAACUUGUACACCCAGAAUCCUAUAUCCAAUGGAAACUACAUUCUAACUAUUGCACUCUCUAAAACCUAAAAUAUGAUCCAUGAACCCCUAAAGCUUGAACUAUAACCCCUACAACAUUAAACCAAAACAUUUACCAUGCUAUAAGAUAUGACUGAAAUGGUACGAUGGUGGCAACGGCGCUAGCAGCGACGAAAAUGCCUCUUUUGGGUUUGCAUAUCGAUUUUCUUUUAGGGUUUUCGGUUGAUUUCGAGUUUUGGGGUUCUCACUAUUUUUAGUGUUUUGAUGGAGGUGAGAAGGAGAGGAAGGAUGAUACAGAGGAAUCGAUGGCGACUUGGUUGGAGGAAGGUGGUGUGGGAAGAUCAAGAGGAUGAGAGAUCUUAGGGAAGAUUGGAGGGAGAGAUAGUGAUACUCGCAGGGUUUGGGGUUUAUUCAAUUAGAUCGAAUUGUUUGAUCUUAAAGGGAAAUUUAUUUUUCAUUUUCAUUUUUCAUUUUUUAUUAAUCUAUGUGGCAAUGUUGUUGAUGCAAUAUCGCCAAAUCAGCAUUUUCGUUUGUCCAGUCAACUUGUUUGAUAACACCGUUAAAGUAUUGGACGAUAGUGGCUAUAAACGAUUUUUCUCCAAAAUUGCCUAUUAUCGGCACAAACGCGAUAGUUUUGACAAUAUAAGUAUAUUUUGCCAAAUUUUAGGGACUAAUUUAUUUUUCAUUUGAGUGUAAAAAGUAUAAACAAAUGGGACUAGAUUAAAAAAAUUUAACAUUUGAUCCUAGCCUCGAUUUUGUUUUACCCCUCCACUUGGGGAUUCCGACCUCUUUGACGCUUCUACUACGGCCUAACCCUUACUCUUCCGGUGGCCUUACCUUCUGUCCAUCCGCCUGUUUAACUACCGCCAUGGCCACCGAGAGUUCAGAUAUGCCGCGUCGACGGUCCUUUCCAGGGGAUAAUCCUCCUUCUCCGAUCAGCAAACUAGGGGACGAUCUCCUCUUCGAAAUUCUGAUCCGCCUGCCGAACCCUAGAUCCGCCUGCCUGAGCAAAGCCGUGUGCAAGCAGUGGAGAUCUGUGGUUUCUAAACCCUGCUUCAGUCGCCGCUUCCUUUCUCACCACCAGAGCAAGAACAAACCACCACCUCCUAAGCUUAUUCUCUCGGCUGACAGCCUUCUGAGUUUUCUCCCCGUGCCCCGCCUUCUUCCGGAUGAGGAAUUCGUCGUUUUUGAUUGCUUCAAGGACUUGCUUUUAUGCGGGUUUGGGCGCCGUGCUAAUCCCGAACUCGCCAGAUCGUACCUACUCUGCAACCCAUUUACGGAGCAAUGGGUCGCCCUUCCUUUGGCCCCUGAAAGGCCGGUGGGGCUUAGUAGAGAGUCAGCAAGGUUAGUUUGUGAACCCUUAAUCUCUGAUAGUCAUGAUCUAGGAGGUGGCUAUGACUAUCGAUUACGAGUGGUGUUUAUCUACCAAGAUAGGAAUUCUGUGAAACUAGAUAUGUUCUGUUCAGAGUCGGGAGAUUGGACCAAGGAGGCUGGUGUAGUUAAUGGUUAUCGCAUGUCCUUAAUGCAAGAUGUUGUUUCAUGCAAUGGGGUUCUAUAUGCGUCGUAUCUUAGAGCAGAAGACGAAGAUGCUAUGUUGUAUACACCUCUGAUUGCUCGUCUCAACCCUUUCCGCCUUGAUAUACCUCUCGCUCGUAUUGAUGUUUCCCCACUCUCCAACUUAGAGUAUUGGAAUAUCUCGAUUUCGCAAGGUGCUCUGCACUUGACUGUGUUCGAACACAUAAGACCUAUGGUCUUGAGUGUUUGGAGACUGAAUGAAGACGGUAAACAUUGGAGAAAGGUGUGCGAAGGUCCAGUGAAGUCAUCACCAGGGGACGACUACAAAUUUGGGAACCUCUAUGUGCCUACUCUGCAUCCGGAGAAGCCGGAAAUUGCCUACUUUACUUAUACCGGUCAAGGCGAUAAGAAUUGUCAUCUAUCCUGCAAUGUGGGGAGUGGGGGAGAGCUAGAGUUCGUCUCUAAGAUAACUCAAUAUAUUACUGGCUGGAGGGUGUUUGAGCCGAAGGUCCAUUGCUGGCCUACUCCAAUUCCUAGGUACCAGAAGUUACGAGCUAGGUACGAUGGAAGCUACAGCUGUUGGGUUCAGAGCAAUGAACCGGUGACUUCCUCAAUGACGGAGUUGAACAAUCUGAAGCGCUAGAGGCUGGCCACCAUAUCAACGAGACGAAGGACGAUGGCAUGGGGAAGGAAUUGUUUUGUACCCAGUUAGAGGGAAAGGAGCUGAUCAAUUAGUAAGGUAUUGCUAGGUGUUUGUCUUUUUUGCAAUCCGAGGUUGUUAUUUAGAGUAGCUAGUUAUGUCGAAGCAGUCAUUUGCAUGUUGGAUUUAAAAACUGAAGGAUUGUCAACCCCAUGAAUUUUGUUGCUUGAUUGUAGGAUGUUAGUAAUCAAUCGGGUUAGUACGGAACAGUAUUAGGAGUUUAUUGUCAUUACUUAUGAACGAAUUGAGACUGCUAAACUCAAUGAUCUUUGUACUGAUCAAUUGUGUUCGUGCCAUGGAAGAAGGGUCUAAGGAGGUUACGUCGAGGGUGUGCUACUGAUUUCUUGGGAAGGCUAUCUCCACCAUGUCUCACCACUCAUAAAUUAGAUAAUUCAGGAACAUCCCCACACACAGUCACACACAGGUUGAGCGAUGAUGGAGCGAGAUCAAACAUGAGGGUUCACUUGCUUGAGUCCUUUGGGCCCUCCAUUAAAUGCCUCUUGGAACAUCAUAGUAGUCAUCAAUGGGGUUGAAUACGAGAUCUGCCACUUUCCGGAAUAAGCGCCCACUAAAAGUUUCAUCGCUAGGUUGUGUGAACUUUGGCGUCUCACAACUACUAAAGCUUAAAAGUGAUUGACUACUUUGCUUGAGAGCAUCAAGUAGGGGUGGUAACCGGUCGGUUUUGGUUUAAUUGAAAACCGAGACACCCCACACGACUGUCGACCACCGAUUGUGAGAGUGCCACGGCUAACCAACCAUCGACCGAUCGGUUAUCGGUUUUGGUUCGGUUAGUCGUGGUAACCGGACUUGUGCUGUCGCCGACAAUAAAUGGUAUGCACAAAACACGUUUUUUCGGCCAAAAUCAACUAUGACGGUGGGAUUUGGAAAGUAAUUAAUUAAAAUUCAAUUAAUUACGAAAUUAUUAGUGGUGGCUAUAAUUUACGAAAAUGAUUAAUGAGAAAAUCUUGGGUUCAGAUAUGGCUAGGGAAGUUGAGAAGAGAAAGGAAAAAAUCUCAGAUCCCCAAUCAAUUCCCCACACCCCCAAUCAAUUCCUCUUCUCUCUCCCCCAAUCAAUUUCGUUCCCCUUCUUCUCCCGCCCAAAAAUCUCUCCCAAAAUAAAUUCCCCUUUAGCCUUCUUCUCUCGUUCUUCUCUCCCAAAAAAUCUUCCCAACUUUUCUUCUCCCCCCUCCUCUCACUCAAUCUGUCUCUGUUCUUCUCUCAUGGCCUCGAUCGGUUCGCUGGCGGCGGAGGUGAUGGGCGGUGCGAUCGAGUAGUGGGAGUCGGGGAGCGGACGACGACUUAGGAAGGAGAGCAGGGAGCGGAGGCCAGACACGGUGGCGGCGACGUCGGGCGGCGAGGAAAACUGGAGGUUUUUGUCUGGUGGGGUAGUGGAUUAGGCGGCGGAGCGGAGACCGGUUAAUUUCGGAUAGUCGGUUAACCGCGGUUAAUCAUAGUCGGUUAGUCGGCUAGCCGAAAACUCCCUCUGACUCUCCGACCACCGACCGACAUUAGUAACCGUCGAUUUUCGGUUAGCUACUAACCGGAAAUCGAAUUGCCACCCUUAGCAUCAUGAAUAUAGUAAACAAGUUAUU